AUGACGCUCACGUCUCUAGGAUCCUUUGUUCUUCCACGACGAAAUGGCGCUAAUUCCCUCGCCGGUGUACGUCGUUCCUCAGCAGGUAACAGUGACGCAGCCUGCGAUAAUCACCGUCCAGCAGCCCGCAGUUUGCGUUGCAACAACUCCAGUCUACAACGUUUGCAUUCCCGUCGCGCCCCCCCCACCCAAAGUAACGGUUGUGACGCCACCUCCAGCCAUUCUGGCAACUGUUCCCUCUCAGAUGAUGCUUUGCCCUCCACCUGUCUACUACCUGGCGUGAUCAUCGACGCGGCUGUUGGCACUCGGCGUCAGGUUGUGGCUGGAAGCUCAGUUUAA